AUGGCCAAAAUCGCAUCCGACAUCCGACGCACCUUUCCCCGUACCGACGAGGUCGUCGUCUCCUACAUUGCCGGCCUGGUCGACGAUGAAGAAGAGGAAGUGGAAGACAUUGUCGACAUGACCAAGGGCAUGCUCUCCGGUGGUCCCUCUAGCGAGGACACCACCAAGAACCUCGACGACUUCAUGAGCCGGCUCCUCGAGUACCUCGACUCCCAGUCGACCAAACGUGUGCGCAAGUCUACCACCGCCACCAAGCUCGACAAGACCAUCCACAUGCGCUCCCAGGCCAUGUCGGCUACUAUCGCCAUGUCGGGCAAGGUCGACCUCGAGUCCAACACCAAGGGUCAGGCGUCUAGGGUCGACUUGGGCAAGCUCGCAAAGGCCGAGGCCAAGCUUCAGGCCAAGAUCCAAAAGAGGGCCAAGAAGGACAACCUGUACCAGGGCUCGAAGCUUAUCGAGAUGCAGAACAAGCAGGAGAGCUACGAGGAGAUGUUUAUGAAGGUCAACCCUCUCGACGUGAGCGGCGCGGCCAAGGGCAAGUCGAAGGAUAUCAACUUGCCGAGCAUCGAUGUGUCCUUUGGAAGCAAUAGGAUUUUGUCUGGUGCUCAGCUUACUAUGGCUCAUGGUCGACGAUAUGGUCUUAUCGGUCGUAACGGUAUUGGAAAGUCUACCCUUCUGCGCCACCUCGCCCUCCGAGAAGUCCCCAUCCCCACCCACAUCUCCGUUCUCUAUGUCGAACAAGAAAUUGCCGGUGACUCUACCAGCGCCCUUGAAUCCGUCCUGCAAGCCGACGUCUGGCGUCACAAGUACGUCACCGAAGAGCGCGAGCUCAACGUUAAGGUCGAGGCGCUCGAAAAGGAGGGACUCCAAGGCGGUUUGCUGGGCGAGGACAAGGUCAGGAUUGAGACGGAGAAGGAGGAGGCGUUGACGAGGCUCGGAGAGGUACAAAAGACGUUGGUGGAUAUGGAUGCCGAGACGGGACCGGCGAGGGCCGGUCAAUUGUUGAACGGUCUGGGUUUCUCGGACGAGGAUCAAAAGAAGAUGACUUCGGCAUUCUCGGGAGGUUGGAGAAUGAGAUUGGCUCUCGCCCGAGCCUUGUUUGUCAAGCCCGAUCUUUUGAUGUUGGACGAACCUUCCAAUAUGUUGGAUCUGAACGCCAUCGCCUGGCUGGAAGAGUACCUCCAAACCUGGCCUUCCACCAUCCUCGUCGUCUCCCACGACAGAGCUUUCCUCGACCACGUCGCCACCGAUAUCGUGCACCAGCACAACCAACGUCUCGAUUACUAUAAAGGAAACUUUUCGCAAUUCUACGCGACCAAGACGGACAGGGCGAAGAACCAGAAGAAGGAGUACGAGACGCAGUUGACGUACAGGCAGCACUUGCAGGCGUACAUCGACCGAUGGAGGUACAAUGCCAACCGAGCUGCCCAGGCUCAGUCCAAGAUCAAGAUCCUGGAAAAACUUCCCGAGCUCGAACCGCCCGAGGAAGACGAUUCCGAGACCUUCAAAUUCCCCGACCCCGAAAAGAUCUCUCCUCCCCUGCUCCAGCUCGACGAAGCCACCUUUGGCUACACGCCCGCCAAGCUCAUCCUCCAAAACGUCAACAUCGAUGUCCAGCUCGACUCGCGUAUUGCUGUUAUCGGUCCUAACGGUGCUGGUAAAUCUACCAUGAUCAAGCUCCUUACGGGCGACCUCCAGCCCAUCACUGGUCGUGCGACGCACAACUCGCGUUGCCGGAUCGCCUACUUUACGCAGCACUUUGUCAACCAGCUUGAUAUGACUGUCAGCGCCGUGGCGUUCUUGCAGGCUAAGUUCCCGGGCAAGACGGAGCAGGAGUAUAGGAGUCAUUUGGGAUCGUUCGGUAUCACGGGGUUGACGGGGAUGCAAAAGAUCGACACACUUUCUGGUGGUCAGAAGGCGAGAGUGGCGUUUGCGGUCUUGUCGAUGACCAAGCCUCACAUCUUGCUUUUGGAUGAGCCUUCUAACCACUUGGAUAUCGAAGGUAUCGACGCCCUCAUCGAAGCUAUCAAGGUGUUCAAGGGUGGUGUUAUCAGUAUCUCGCACGACGAGCGAUUCAUUACCAACACUUCGAACCAGCUCUGGGUGUGUGCGGAUGGAAAGGUCACCAAGUUCUUGGGUGAUGUCGAGUCGUACAAGAAGAUUGUUACGGAGGAGUUGCAGGCCAAGCUCAGGCCUUAG